AUGAUCCGCCCCAGAGUGGGCGAUUUCAUCUUCUCCGCGGAGGAGAUAGAGACGAUGAUAGAGGACGUUUCAAUGUUUCGUACACUGGGUUUACAUGGCGUUGUUAUCGGCGCCCUUCUGCCAAAUGGGCUUGUGGAUCGUAAAACGUGUGGAAUGCUCGCCGCUGCAGCGUUUCCUAUGCAAGUCACCUUCCAUAGAGCGUUCGAUCUGACAGCGGAUCCCAACCAAGCACUGAAAGACAUCGCUAACAUUCCUGGUAUUACACGUAUCCUAACCAGUGGUCAUGCGACUCCCAGAGUUUAUGAACCAGCAUCACUUGAGCGCUUGGCCGAGCUAGUAGCAUCCGCGUUAUCGAGUUCCCAACAGAACAAGGGUCCUCACAAUAUUGCCGAUGCCACGCUGCGGAUUGUUCCAGGCUCAGGUAUCAACCCACAAACUAUCGGGCAAGUAUUCUCUGUCGUUGGCGAGCUGGUAGACGAGUAUCACAUGAGCGGGGGUUCCUGGAUCGACAGGUCUGUUCGCGCCAGUAGGGGAGAAGAGUUUCAAAUGGGGCCACGCGGUCAUGAGCAGGCGGUCUGGAAAACGGAUGCGAAUCAAGUCCGAGGUGUUCUACAAGCGCUUGUCCGGAUGCGAGGAGAUUUGAACGCUUAA